CACACUUGCUUCCAAAAGUCAAUCCCUCAGCCAAACAACCAAACCGCUACUCCCUACAAACUCGCCACGUGUAUCAGUGCAUGCAGCCACGUACCCUCUUCUCUCUCUCUCACUCUCUCUCUUCUCUCUCAUUUUACAUACAUAGAACUAAAUCUCUCUGCAUAUCUAAUUUCUCUCACUCUCUCUCUAUAUUAUAUUACUGGGUUUUACAAGAUGGUGAAGUUAGCGACGGCGCGUGACAGCAGAAUGUACGGGCCGAGGCUAUCAAGAAACCGUUCAGAGUACAUGAACGCGGGGCUAUAUGUAUUCGCAACUCUGCUACUACUCGUUGGUUUUGCGACACAGUUAUCGACGAAAGAACCGAAGAUAGGGGUCGUAUUUGUAUUAAUAGGACUAUUUAUAAUCGCGAUAGUGAAUAUUCAUGAUUUAAUCGCUCAUCUCGCUGGAAUUGAUUACUGUGUGGCUUUGAUAGAACAUGAUAUACAAUUAGCUCUUGUUGAGUUCGCUGUGCCUUUGGUUCAGUCUUUGGGGACGCUUCUCUUGUUUUUGGCUAUUCUCUUUCUCUUUAUCCAGGAGGAGAAGCAAAAAUAUUUUAAGUUGGAGAAGCAUGGUAUGAACAUGCUUAUUGCAGGUUCAUCUUUGUGGGUGCUAGGGUCCAUUCAUAACUCGUGCCAAAUCUAUGAGAGAGCAGAUGGUCACGUCCAGGUUCUGCAAGAAAGUGUCCACAUUCCGUUCCUGAUGGGAAGCUUGUUGUUCUUGGUAGGCUCGGUUAUUAAUUGUCGCAAGCAGGCUAGCACGCUUCAUCAUGGUCUGGACUUGUUGAGUGAGACAUGGACUUGGCUUUGCCUAGUCGGGAGCUUAAUGCUAUUCAUUGGAGGAAUAACCAAUGUAGUGAAGGUAUUCAAGAUGCAGCAGUUUGAUAAUGGGUUGCGGCUAGAGAAACUGAGAGGUGGCGCCCAAGAGCGAUUAGCACAUGUACGGGAAGGUCAAGUACCACUCAUUCGAGAAAAUCAAAGGAGAGGAAGGCAAGCUGAACAAGUUGGACCAUCAGUAAAUCCAACACCGUACAAGGAUGUUCUACUAGGUCAGCCUUGAUCGUGUUUCAGCUUAGUUAGCGCUGUAUUCCCUCCCUUCAGAUGCACAACUUAAAAUGGUUCGACGACUGGUCUGCUAUGCACAUGUCUCAGGGAAGACAACGUUUCAGUUUUUUUCCCGUUCAGAAGGUUGUCAUAUCAAUGUAUGAUGUUGCAAGGACAAAAAAAACAGUGUUUCAAUAAAAUUUGUUAUUUCAGACA